UUCCUCAUGUUGUCACUAUACUUCACUCCGCCAUCUCAGCAUUCGACUUCUCCGCCGAAGUUCUCUCAUCUCUGUUUGUCUCCGUCUGCCUCGCCAGCUCUCUCUCUCUCUCUCUCUCUCUCGCUGUGGAAGUGGAGGGAAUGCGCCUUCGGGGCCGCUGCAACUCCAAAAAUGAAUAUUAUUAUUGCAUGGCUCCAUUUGAGUUUAUUGAAAUUGGAAGAGCUUGUGAUUUUUCAAAUAUAUAGCUGAAUUGGCACAAGCGUGUUAAGUACUGCUCCUAAUCAUUUUCCUUCAAGGCAUGGCUCCACGACCUCUCCGCCUGAACUCCAGACGACCACCACCUAAGUUCCUUUUCAUCACGCUCCUGAUACUUAUUCCUAUUUGUGUGAUUGGAAUUUUCUCUCAUGGCCAGAAGAUAUCCUAUCUUUUCAGACCACUAUGGGACAAACCGCCUCCCCCCUUUAAACGCUUUCCACACUAUUAUGCUGAAAAUGUAUCAAUGGACCACCUUUGCCGCCUUCAUGGCUGGUCGUUGCGGUCCCAACCCCGCAACGUUUUUGAUGCCAUCAUCUUCAGCAAUGAAUUGGACAUACUGGAGAUCAGGUGGCGUGAGCUUUUUCCCUAUGUCACAAAAUUUGUAAUCCUUGAGUCCAAUACCACUUUCACAGGCAUUCUCAAACCUCUCUUCUUUCGUUCAAACAAGGCUCGAUUUGCUUUUGCUGAGAGGAAAAUUGUCCAUGAUGUGUUCUCUGGUCAAGUUGCAGCGCGCGGAUCAUAUGAUGAUCCAUUUGCACUUGAGGCUCAACAACGUAGGUUUAUGACUGGGUUACUUCGCCGUGCGGGGAUUUCCUAUGGUGAUGUUCUUAUCAUGUCAGAUACCGAUGAGAUACCAAGCCCAAAUACCGUGAAACUAAUGCAAUGGUGUGAUGGGGUGCCACCUGUAAUGCAUCUCGAGCUCAGGAACUAUAUGUAUUCAUUUGAGUUCCCGGUGGACUACAGCAGCUGGCGAGCCACAACCCACAUCUAUGGCCCUAACACCUUUUACCGGCACUCACGCCAAACCGAUCUGAUGUUCUCUGAUGCUGGAUGGCAUUGUAGCUUUUGCUUUCGGCGUAUUCAGGAGUUUGUGUUUAAGAUGACUGCUUAUAGCCAUGCAGAUCGUGUGAGGCGGAGAGACUUCUUGGAUCAUUCAAGAAUUCAGAAGCUCAUUUGCAGCGGUGAUGAUCUUUUUGACAUGCUACCCGAAGAGUACACUUUCCAGGAGUUGAUUAAAAAGAUGGGAUCAAUACCCCGUUCAGCUUCUGCAGUUCAUCUACCUGCCUACUUGAUAGAGAAUGCAGAUAAGUUUGGGUUCCUUCUCCCAGGGGGAUGUUUAAGAAAAACAGAAUGAGGCUAUCCAAUGUAAACAAAUUUUGGAUUUAGUACAGUAUGGAACUUAGGUUUUCCUUGCCCUUUUCCUUUCAUCAUAAGUGGCCUUAAUGCCUGACAGCUUUUGGGUCACUUCACUUGGAUGCGCCUCUGUCAAGACACUCGAACAAUCAGCGUUAGGACAACUUUUUCCGUAUAAAUUAGUGAGGUACAAAAGGAUUCUGUGCUCAUUGAUCGAAACUGAGUCCUGCUGUUGUAGACGAUUUCUUGUGUAUAUAUCUAUCCAGUCUGCGUUUCAUAUGAAGUUUGAACA